UUGUACAUACAAAAGAUAUAGUUAUCUUAACAUCCAACAAAUCUUAUUCCGUAAAACCCUAGGUAUAUAUCGACUAUUUUAGAAACCCCCAGGUCCUUCACAUGCAAACCGUUUUCAAAACCAACCUGAAGUUCUUUGCGAUUAUCAGUGAAGCUAUGAAUCCAUGGAAAGAACAAGAAUGGAGAUCAACCUGGAACCAAAAUCCGUAUGAAACUUCUGUUGACCACAGUAAAAGCAACUUUCAAAGACUCUUGUCAUUCUUAGAAGUCGAUAAUUCAUUCCUUACACCAUGGAGUUUCAACCCGGAUGCUUUUGCUGAUUUCAGAUCGAAUAUUCAGACAUAUAUGAGCUUCUCAUAUGGCUCGUUCUUCGCUUACGAUGAGCAGGUUGCAACUUUGGGAUCCCCUCAAGUGGAGCCCUUAGUGGUCGAGAAAGAAGGAACUAUCGUGGCUCAUGCGGUUGCCUUUAUGACACCUAAUGAAGGACAAUCUUCGAGCAACCAAGAGGUAAAAUCCAAGAGAGAUUAG